AUGGCUGCUACGAGUUCUCAAAGCUCCUCGGCUCCUCGCGCACAAGCAAGCUCGCAGCCAGCACUGUCUCGUCGUACCAGUACUACUUCUCAGACCUCCCAGAGCUCUCAGCAGCAACCGAAUCACCGACCAUCGGCGUCUACCAAUGCGACUCCUCAAGCAUCUCUAUACUCCCACCUAGGAGGCAGUGAACCAUCGACACCUCGUCCCAUCGCCCCUGCUGGGACUAACAAGCGCCCUGCUCCGUCAUCGCCAGUAAAAACAUUUACAUCUACCAACAACUUCAUCAACCAGACAGCGGCGAGCAUUUCAGAAUCACUCACAGCCCCUUCAACCAAAAGACGAAAGCCUGCUGACAUUCGACGCCCAAGUUCACAUGUAACUGGAUCAUUGGAUUGGAACGCUCUUCUUCCCACCGGAGACGAAUUCAGAGCAAGCUUGAAGGCCGCUUCGGCUGCCUUAGAACCUCAUAUCAAGAGCUUCGAAGAACUCUUAUCAUCCAUCAACGACGAACACCGCCGACUCACCGCCGUUGAGCGCAGCCUCAGACUUACAAAGGACGAGCAAGUAAAGGACCAGAAAAAAGCCCAAGACGCGCUCAAGGAUGUAGAGAAAUCAAUGACCACCGAGAACAAGUUGCUCAGGGACCUGGAAGAUCUCUACAACAAAUAUCCUGGGGACAACGAACUUCGCACGUUCCUGGAUAAACGAAAAAGAACGGUUCUCGAACAUGAAGAGGUAUAUACCGUAGUCAAAAGCCAACUUGACAAGAGUACUGCUGGACUUUUCAAAACCGACAGCAAGAUUGCGUUGGUUACCAAGAGGAUUGGGCAGCUUGACGCUGAGAACGCCGAGGUGAUGAAAGAGAAGAUGGGGAUUGAUACGGCGGCGAAACGAUUGAUGUUUAUGUCUCGUUUUAUGGAACCCGGCUGGCAAGCUAGACUGGCUAUGGUUGAGGAGGCUUUGGGGGAAGAAGUUAUGCGGUCUGCAUUUUGA